ACGGCCCGCAGCUCUCUUUUCUCCCCCGCAGGCUCCUCGCGGUUUGCUCCGGCGGUUACACAACACGCCCCGUUUUUUAAAGGAACGGCCGUUGUCAACGGAGAGUUCAAGGAGCUGAGCCUGGAUGAUUUCAAGGGGAAAUACCUGGUCCUCUUUUUCUACCCCCUGGACUUCACCUUCGUCUGCCCCACAGAAAUUGUGGCUUUCAGCAACAAAGCAAAUGAAUUUCAUGAUGCAAACUGUGAAGUGGUGGCAGUUUCUGUGGAUUCUCAUUUUUGUCAUCUGGCCUGGAUAAAUACGCCACGGAAGAGCGGCGGUUUGGGUAAAAUGAAUAUUCCAGUUCUGUCGGACCUCACAAAACAAAUCUCCCGUGAUUAUGGCGUGCUGCUAGAAGGACCUGGCAUAGCACUAAGAGGUCUCUUCAUCAUUGAUCCAAAUGGGAUCAUCAAGCAUCUAAGUAUCAAUGAUCUCCCCGUCGGUCGUAGCGUGGAAGAGACCCUCCGCUUGGUGAAAGCAUUCCAGUACGUGGAAACACAUGGAGAGGUUUGCCCAGCAAACUGGACUCCAGACUCCCCUACAAUCAAACCAAGCCCAGAAGCUUCUAAAGAAUAUUUUGAGAAAGUGCAUACAUAAACACUGAAAUAUGUGGACAAAACUCUUUAGUUA